AUGGGCGAUACUUCCAAUGAGCUGCAACUGAAUAAGGCGGCCGCACAGUACAAGAGCAAGACCGAGGAAUAUGAUAAUCUUCUGCAACGAAUUGUUCAGUGGUUCUCUGUACAUUUGGACGAGGUUUGGAAGCUGAUUUUUACUAUUCACAGCACCGAUGCGGAGGUUGUCACGUAUGACACUUUUAAGGCAGUUCUGACUGACUUCAAGGCCCCCUUCACAGGCGUGGAAUUACAUCUGCUUUCCCUGCUGCUAGAUCCUGAUGCUGACGGUUGUAUUCAAAUGAAGGAUCUUGAAGCCGGCGUUCUUCGUUUCUGGAGCCUGAUGCUGGAUAUUCCAAUGUUCGAUAUGACGAACAAAAUCAUCGUGACAACGGAAGUUGCCCUCGAUGACAUUUGUGAGGUCGGUGACCUCUACCCCGAGUCAAGCCAGCAUUGCCGACUGAACUCCCCGUCAUUCAACCUCUUCUCACACAAGACUGCCCUGCCAAAAGACGUCGUGCCGGCAGGUGUGACCCUGGAGGACCUGGGUAUCCUCGGCGGUCAGCGACUGGCCCCCGAAGAAUUCACCGUCUACUAUCAACCCCUGGCCGUCUUCAGCCCCCGUCCACCGCCGCACACAGUCGCCUCGCUGACCUUCUCACAGCUCAUCUGGGUGGAUGAAUUCGAGCAGGUUUCUACGUCCACCAGGAAGGAGGUUCAACAGCAACCGCAGCAGCAAGAGCAGGGGAGACCGGUCGCGUCUGCGGCUACGACGGUAGCGGCAGCACCCGAAGCAAGCAGGCCGGUGCAUGCAGAGGAGCUGGAUGUGGUAGAUAAAGAUGAUGAAGAUGAGAUCUUAGCCGAAUCGCUGGACGAAUUUCUAACAGUGGAACGCGUACGUUAG